AUGUGCGGACCACGAUCUCCUGAGGCACCGUGUUCGGCCCGGGGCUGUCGGGCACCAGGCACGGGGCUCCUUCUGCUCUCCUACCUGGCUUACUUGGUGCUGGGCGCCGGUGUGUUCUGGGCACUGGAAGGUCGUGCGGCCCGGUACUCCAGCCACAUCUUCCAGCGCGACAAGUGGGAGCGACUAAAGAACUUCACGCGUCUGGAUGACCCAGCGCUGGAUCAGCUGAUCCAGCUGAUCCGGGACAUCAUUCAAGCAUACAAAGAUGGGACCCAGCUCGUGGGCAGUACCACCAGCAUGGGGCGCUGGGAGUUUGUGGGCUCUUUCUUCUUUUCCGUGUCCACCAUCACUACCAUCGGCUAGGGCAACCUGAGCCCAGAGGCCAUGGCUGCCUGUCUCUUCUGUAUAUUCUUUGCCCUCGUGGGGAUCCCACUCAACCUGGUAGUGCUCAACCGGCUGGGCCUCCUUAUGCAGCGAGGGGUGCAUCGAUGUGUCCAGUGGCUGGGAGGCAGCUGGCAGGACCCAGCACAGGCACCGUUGCUGGCAGGCUCCACGGCGCUGCUCUCUGGCCUCCUGCUCUUUCUAUUGCUGCCUCCGCUUCUCUUCUCCCACAUGGAAGGUUGGAGCUACAUGGAGAGCUUCUACUUCGCCUUCAUCACGCUCAGCACGGUGGGCUUCGGUGACUACGUGAUCGGGAUGGACCCCUCUCGGAAGUACCCCGUGUGGUACAAGAACAUCGUCUCCCUGUGGAUCCUCUUUGGGAUGGCCUGGCAGGCCCUGAUCAUCAAAAUGAUCCUGUCCCUGCUUGAGAUGCCAGGGGACAUGUGCACCUGCUCCCUACGCUGCAUCAAGGGCCGAAGCUGGAGGCAGGGCCAAGAAGGAGAACGCGGGGUCCAAUCACCAGACAUCACGUCUGGAACCUUCCACUCAGGUUAUGCGGUAUGAAGAGGACAGGACUGCUGGAUCUUCCUUCUCAGGACUCUGAUUUUAAGCAUGAUUUUCUGUGCCUUCCAGCUAGAGGUGGCUAGAUGGUUCGAGAGCAAUAGGCUGUACAACAGCUUCUGGGAUGUGACUUCGGGAAUGGAGUAUGCUCCUCUUUGCCUUGUUCUUUCUUUCAGACGUCGGCAAUGCUGGCAUGGUGGCAAGAGCCCCAGCAGCCAUAUUGCACCCUGAAGUACCCUGGAAUAGUGACCGUGAUUGAAAUGUAGCACAGUCACAGAAGAAGCCCGGAGUCUUGGUCACCACAGAGUCAUUGUGACAACCAGGACCAAACCCUGGCUUGAUUCGUGUGAGAACAAUGGAUUUCAUAUUUGAAACUACUGCUUGGGUGUUUCUAGUACAAAGAAAUUUAAGUUAUAAAUGAUGCAUCCAUAUCCAUAAACGCCCGUAGUGGAGACUACAACCCACAGAGAGAAACAGUGCCAGCCCCAGGUGAGCUUCCCCAGGAGUGGCAGAGGCAUGGACAGAGGGGCGGUGGACCCCAGACCCUCCACCCUGGAACCUGACAGAGGAGUUCACAGGAUUUGUUGUGAGUCUCAGCCAGCAGGUGUAUCACGAACCCAGCCAGCUACUGGGUCCUUCCUUGCCUUCUCAAAGUGAUCUGAGCAACAGCGUUUGCCCCACUCUGCUUCCUGACUGGGUACACAGUGUGACCAGCCCCCUCCUGUCACCGUACCCUCUCACCCAGAAUGGACUGUGUCCCCUAAAACUGCACUAAAUAAAAGCUU